UCAUCGAUGGACCGCAAUGCUCUGCCGCCCAUCCGGACAGCUGUACCCAGUCUCCGGCACGAAGGUGCGGUCGCCGGGUCAUCGGAUCUGCAGAGUGGUAUAGCGUCAAGGGCAGGUAUCCCCGACCUGGACGAUCAGAGCCAGCGACAGCUUGGCCACCCUGGCAAGCACGUUGCACCCCUCCAUCGAAGGGAGUCUGAUGUCUCUCGACAGAUGGAGGGAGCUGGCAGUGCGGCAGCCGGCUCCCCUUCGAGCCAGUCUUCCGCAAAGAAGCACUCGCUUGUAGUCCCCUUCUUCAGAUGGUUCGGAUCUACCGCCAAUACGCCUGGAUAUCGUCGCAUCAAGGUAGCUGUUAAUCCUGAUCUACCAGAAGAAGAGGAUGACUCUGCAUUGCCAGACAACGAGGAAGAUGAAAAGCCGAAACUCGAAGGGGAAGCACCCGAGGGCGAGUCUUCACCACCACUGCCUGCAACUCUCGGCUCGCAAGAGAUUCGGGCCGGGAAAGGCUCCUCGCCACACGUGGGUGCCACAUCUGCACACAAAGACCGAGUCUACUUCCUCCGCAUCUCGAGACCUCUUCGACCCCUCGCGGCCUCGAUACCCGCGUCAGGACGUCUUGUUGCAUCUCAGUGAGAUCUUCAUCCAGCUAUUCCGGACCAACCUCUGUCCGUGGGUACAGAGUGAAGUGCUCUUGGAAGGCGCUCGCAAUGCCACCUUGCCUGCUAUCUUGGCCAAUUCGGUCUGCGCCAUGACGGCACGCUUCUCGGAUUGGGCAGAGCUGAGACGCAAGUCGCCCAAGAAUGCCGGUGAGCCCUUUAGCGAGAUGGCAAAGACGCUCAUCGUGCCGAUGCUGUCUUGGCCCAGUCUCGAUGUCAUUGAAGCACUCAUCCUCUUGAGCUAUGCUGAAUUUGGAGCAGGGUCUGACUCGGGUCUGUGGAUGUAUUCUGGCAUGGGAAUGCGAAUGGCCACCGAUCUGGGUCUGCAGCACGAGUCGACCAUCCGGAGCUUACCAAAGGCAGAGCAGGAGAAGGCGCGAUGGCUCUUCUGGUCUGGGUGCUAUGCAAUCGACCGCAUUACCUGCUUUGGUACCGGUCGUCCUGUCACUCUCCUCGAGCAUACCAUCGACUGCCGACCACCACGCGUCGAGCCAGGUUCGCAGUGCUUCUAUGCCUCGCAGAUCAUUCAGCUGCUCCAAAGAAGAGGUCGAAUGGGAGAGCUGCUCAACAGAAAGGACGACUCAGGGCAGAUCAAUCUCCCUGAGAAGAAGGCAAAAUUGAUGGAAAUGUGGCAAGAGUGCGCUGGCUACUUCCAAUCUCUGCCCUCGACUUGUGCAUUCAGCGUACAGAGUUUCAAGCGAGCCGCCAGCAACAAUGAGGGCCCAGCUUUCCUGUUCCUCCACGUCCUGUUCCAGUCGACCAUCAGUCUUCUCGAGAGGCCGGGAAUCAUGCGAGGCAGGAAUUGGUCCGAUGUCCAUCCCGUGUCUGGUUCGAGCAUCAACCUAUCUGCUCCCAGUGUGGCGCAUAUCUCCGCCUCUGCCUCGAGGUCGAUUGCAGAUAUGAUAGCUCUUGCUGCUCAGGUCGACCCAAAGAGUCUGCAGACUUCUCCGUAUCUGGAUCAGCUCAUCCUCCCCACCGGCAGAGCAUUCCACGGAGAGCUAGAGGCGAUCAAGGAGGCCAUGCGGCAAUAUGGCUACGGUGCCGAGCAAUCGCGCGCUGUAAGCCCGUCGCGAUCUGGUGGGCCUGACGAUCGUCUGAUGACGCUCUUGAGCAUGCGCAAAGCAGUCACGGACAACUUGCACAACUGUAUCAAUUGGCUCGGCACUCUUGCCCAUUACUGGGGCGGCGCCUCCUGGCCCGCUCGUGCCCUCGAGCAAGAGGCAGCAGGCGCCUCGGACAUUGUACCCGACGAGCGCGACGAUGAUGCUAUGCAGGCUCCUCUGCGGGAUAUGGAGUUGCUGAGUGCUUGGGCAAGGGACAAGAUGAAGCAAGCCAAGAGUAAGAUGGCUUCCCGCCGGGGAUCUGUGGACCACACGCGGGGUGGAAGCAGCGGUAGUGCCAGUGGCACAUCGGGAGGUGCAGCUGCGGCUAAUGCUGCUGCCGCGGCUGGUGUAGGUGGGGAACUGGCCGGAAUGGGCAGUGCGAACGCUGCGACGAGUAUUGAAAAUCUUCUGGCGGCGGCCAAUGCUGCGCGAGACCCGGGUGGAGAGGACGAUCGCGAUGUCAUGGACAGCGAUCGAGCCCUCGGUCUGGCUCUCUCGGGUCAAUUGGCCACCUCUGCCGAGAUCAACGUGUCUGCGCUGGUGGAUCUGUGGACCGAGGAACAACGACGUGGUUCCCUCUUCUCCUCCAAUGGAGACGUGAACAGCACCUUCGGGCGUGGGGACGGAGCAGGUAAUGCUGCUGGCGGAGGAGCAAGUCGAGGAGGCAUGUCCCCUUGGGCCGAUGCGCACAUGGGUAAUCAGCCAAGCACGCCAGGCCAUCGCUCCGGCCGGGGUCAGAAUCUUGCUUCUUCGGGUCAGACGCCGAGCAACCAUCACUCCUCGGCGGCCUUCCUACCUCCUUGGCUCGCCCCAUCUCCGCAUGCCUCAAACCAGCAUCACCAGCAACAGCAGCACUCCAGUCACUUGGGCAGUGGUCCUUCACCCGGGUACGGCAGCAGUGGUGGUCCCUUUUCCAAUUCGACCAGUGGCAAUCAUCAUCACCACCACUCUCACCACUAUGGCAACCCAACUUCUCACUCUGCACCCACAAUGGGUUUCUCUGCACUACAGCUCGAGGAACUCCUCUCGGCUGAUCUACUCAGUAGUGGAAACGAUGUAUUCCCGCUGGAGUUGCCAGAUGAGGCCCUCUUCCUUCGGGAGUGCAAAUGGGUGAUGGGAAUGGACAGCAGGGCGGGGGUACAAUGGGAGAUGGAUCGGGAGCGGGAGGUUGGGGACUCAGUCAACAGCACCUCUCUUCGGCCCUCUUUGGCUUCCAUUAAGAUGUAGCACCGAACCCAGAGGGAAACGAUCAGGCGGUCAGCAAGAAAGUGAGGGAAGAGAGCAGGAAGACGUGCAAAGGAAGAGGGAGG